UCCCAUUGAACAUGAGAUUACGUACCAAGGUUAGUUUUAUGACGCUGAGAUAACGCAAUCGUACACUAUAUACAUUUUUAUUUUAUUCGUAUAUUCAACUUGAUAUUAUAGAAAGAGUGUAUCAAGUUACCAGUCACUCUUGUAGGCAGACGCAAAAAAAAGAUUAUAACUUCAUAUACAAUCAGCAUAAAUUGUUCGAAGUGGUAAAAUUUUCACGAUUUGAUAGAUUACGCCUAUGCUAAAAAUAUCAAAUUUAACGACUUGGUCUGACCCAAAAUAUGUUAAAAAAUAUGACAUACUCAGUUCACGGAAGUUGGCGCUUUAUUUUUAGAAAGAAUGGACAUAAAACAAACGUGAUACAAAAUCGAAAAUCAGUUGUUACCGCGGUCUCUACUGAAUGUGCACAGAAUUUAUCCAGUUUGUGAUUUUGACAAAUUGGGGUAGUCGCCAUGGGACUGUUCACUUUCAUUCUGCCUUUCCUUCUUAUUGGAGCAUAUGUAGCUGGCAUUUCAACGGAUUCGAAUGAAUUUUGUGAUAGCAAUGAUUAUGGAUUCUCUAUCAAGCUGACCAACGAGCAGGAUCUAAGGUUCAAACUUGAAGAAAAAGUAACGUCCAUUCUGAUGAAAAAUCAGCUCCGGGACAUCACGAUUGUCACAUAUAUAACUCGUGUAGACGAUUUAAAUCCUGCAACGCCUGUCCCAGUGAGCUUCAGCAUCCGUGAAGAGACGAUGGUACCUAAUAAGUUUCCGACAUCAAGUGUUCGUGUAGGAAAGCAACAAACCUUUAUCACGAACCAUCCAACAAAGACGAUAUCAGUCACUCCAACAAUGAAAGUAAUGUCAAACUCAGCCACAAAAACACAAAACAUCACUGAUGAAAAUGAUUUGACGGAUAAUAAAACUGUCUUAAAUAGUACCGAUGAAAUGCAUAAAGACGACGGUACCGUGUACUUACACAAUCCUACAAGUACCUAUGGCAGUUCCACAAAUCGUCCAAACGAUGAAACAACAUCAAUAACAUAUGAAAAUUUAACAAGCAAGAUUCAAACAACAGUUAAAAGCACAAGUGACACGAUUAACACUGCUGUCUCUACUUUAAUCCCAGAUGAAGAAACACAAGAUCGAGCAACAGUUACUCCGAAUACCGUCAAAGCUACUGAAGCGUCUAACUUGAGAGACACUACUAUUGGAAACAGCGUUGAAUCCAGCGGAUUUGAAAUUUCAACUACUUUUAUUACACAAAGCGAAACUACAAAAAGUUUUGAUACCACUAUCAGGAUUGGUAAGAAUUUGAUUAUUUGA